UUAUGACCAGUGAUCACUGCCGUGCCCUGUCCUGCCCUCAGCUGGCAUGCCUCCCACGGGGGAACACCCGAGAUUGACAGUCUCGCGUGAAACAGGCUAGUACCCUGGAGGUUGCCGACAUUCUUAGUCAAACGUCACCGCGCAACCUCACCUCUCCUCUCUGACCUCCUCUCUCCCCGCACCACCACACUUCAUCUGUUUGUGCAUCGGUAGACGACGAUUAAUUGUUCUGCAUUAUCGCUUGCGCUUUGCCACCCAGUUCCUCCCAGCUUUAAUUCUUCAAUAAUUAUAGCCUCCAUUCUUAUAUACGAGGCCCCCUCUUGUCCUCCGCCAUGGCUCCCGAACCGAAGACCGCCGCAAACCCUGUCCCAUCUACAGAUGAUACCUCGAAGCCCACCAACGGCGACAGCCAGCCCACAACCGCAGAAGCCACCUCCCCCGAGGUUGACAAGCAAACGGAAGAAAACAAAUCUGAUGGGAACUCCCCAUCCCCCGAGACAGCCUCCAAAGCCGAUCCUGCAGAGGAUGACAAGAAACCUGCCAGUCUAGGUGACAAGCGUGAACACGACUCGUCAUCAGCCCCUACCGACAAAGAAAAACCCGCCGUGUCGGAGCCCACCACCAAGAAACAGAAAACCGACGCCAAACCAGCUGAGGAUGCCGCCGCUGCGGACGGGAACGGCGAGAAGAAGAAUGGCCGUCCCAAGAAGACCCAGGAGACCAAGGAGAGUGCAAAGCGGGAUGUCCCCACGGAUGGGAUCGGGAGUCGGACGCGCAGCCGGACUAAGGCUACCUAGAUACAUGUUCUGUAGACAAGGGGCACUACGACCAUGAGAUUUUGGCAAAAUUGUGAGAUACUGUUAGGGAGUUCAUGUUAUGAAGCUAUU